AUGUACAUUCAACCCAAGAGGCCACAGAACACCAUGGAAGAGAAGGCGUUGAAAAUAUUGGAAGAAAACACAACGCGAAUGCCCGAUGGAAGAUACCAGACCGGCCUACUGUGGAAGUCUGAAGAGGUCAACAUGCCGUGCAACUACCAGAACACAUUGAAGCGAUUGCACAACGUUGAGCGCAAACUCGACAAGGACCCGCGGCUUAGAUGCAGAUACUCGGAGCAGAUGGAGGCGCUAAUUCGCAAGGGAUAUGCAGAGCCAGCAGUCCCGACGACGUCGAUGAAGAAGUGGUACCUCCCGCACUUCGCGGUGAUCAACGCGAAGAAACCCGACAAGCUGCGAGUGGUCCACGACGCGGCUGCAAAGACCAGAGGUGUAUCUUUAAAUGACUAUUUAUACACAGGUCCUGACUUAUUGCAGCCGCUUCCCGGGAUACUUAUGCGUUUCCGGGAACACCCGUUCGCGAUCACAGCGGACAUUUCGGAGAUGUUUCUCCAAAUACAACUCCGAGAAGAGGACCGGGACGCCUUGCGCUAUCUCUGGCGAGGCACCCGACGAGACGACAAGCCUCCACAAGAAUACAGAAUGAAGACGCUCAUCUUCGGUGCUUCGAGUUCGCCCUCAACGGCGAUAUUCGUAAUGAACCUCAACGCCGAGAGGUUCAAAGAAGAGUGUCCGGAGGCGGUCGCAGCCAUAAGAAGCAAACACUAUAUGGACGACUACAUAGACAGCUUCGAGACAUUAGAAAAGGCUACGGAAAUCGCCAAGCAAGUCCGAAGAAUCCACAGCGAAGCCCACUUCGAACUCAAGAAUGGAAGCUUCGAACUCGCCCGAACUAUUGAAGGCCCUGGGCGAGAAGUCAAGCAGCGAAACAGUCAACAUUCAAGACAAGCACGAGAGAGUCCUCGGGUUAAUCUGGCGUCCAAAAGAAGAUCAACUGGCCUUCGAUCUACGCCUCGUCGACGUCCCGCCGAGCCUGCUACAAGACGAAGACUUCUCUCUCCGCUGACAAUCAAGCCGAAGCAGCUGCUGCAGGAAGUCUGGAGACGCGGAACGCCGUGGGACGACCGACUCGACGCAGACAUAGCCGCCAGUUGGAGCAGAUGGCUGACACAAUUGAAGGCUGCCAGCAACAUCGCAGUGCCGCGGUGUUACCUGAGCUACAGCACCGCAUCUCGCCUCGAGCUUCACGUCUUCACAGACGCCACUGCUUUCGAUCCCGCGAAUGGAGCUGCAAGCCGCGGUUCUCGGGACACGGAUGGCGAUGGCAGUGAAAAUGAACACCAACGCAAGCCGGACUCGACCACGUUCUGGACGGACAGCCGAACGACUCUGUGCUGGAUCCGCACGGGUGCUCGAGCCUUCAAGCCAUACGUCGCGCACCGCAUCGCAGCCAUUGAAGAGGGCAGCAGAGUUCCGGAGUGGAGAUGGGUGCCUACGAAGUGGAACGUGGCCGACGACGCAACACGCGGCACGCCAGCAGACUUCGGCGCCGAGCAUCGUUGGUUCCACGGUCCUGAUUUCCUGCGCGAAAAACCCGAAGCCUGGCCAAUAGAAAAGGACCCUCAGCCCGCACACACUACGGGCGAGGAAAGGAGCCACGCCGUAUUCGCCAUCGCUCAAAAACAACACUUGAGCGAGGCCAUACCGGACCAAGAGUUCUACAAGCCAUCCAGAUACUACGCCAGCGGACGCAGAGAAUACACUACAAAAGAACGAAGAAACGUCCCAGCCAAGAUCCGGAUUGGAAAAACAACAAAGGCGAGCGACGCAAAGCAACCCAAACCCGCUGUGAGCAAGAGGAGCGACUUCGUGAUAUUGCCCGCCGAGCUACAGCAUCGCGCCGAGACGAUAAUCAUAAGAGCGUCGCAAGAAGAAGCUCUUGAAGCCGAGUUGCGUGCACUAACAAACGGCACGCAACUACCCCGAGACAGCGGCUCUAUCCCCUCAGCACUCACAUAUCUGAGGGAUCAUAAGGCUCAAGAGUCGAAUCACCGCCGCCAUCGGAGUCUCAGAGAAAUGAAGAAUCCGCCGAUAGUGGACGGCGGACACCUCGCAACUAAGCUGUGGAUAAAACACAUUCACGAGCUAUUGCAUCACGCCGGCACCGAAAGUACGCCGAUCACCGGAGACCUGCCGCCCUGCAGAUUGGCACACCACCAGAGACCGUUCACUUACACCGGUCUCGACUACUUCGGCCCGCUCACAAUAACCGUCGGCAGGGCGCACCAGAAGCGAUACGUGGCGCUCUUCACGUGCCUCACCGUUCGAGCUGUGCAUUUGGAGAUCGUGCAUUCUCUGAGCACGGACUCCGCCAUCAUGGCAUUGAGACGAAUGAUCGCACGCCGCGGAUGCCCCGCGGAAAUAUGGAGUGACAACGCGACGAACUUCCACGGCGCAGAGAAGGAGCUGCGACACAUGCUGCAGGACGGCGCGAAACGAGAGGCGUCAAGAAGAGCCAUACGGUGGCGCUUCAUCCCUCCAGGAGCGCCAUUCAUGGGAGGCGCCUGGGAGAGACUUGUGCGAUCCGUAAAGACUGCACUCACCGUGGUCUUACGAGAAAAGCACCCGAGAGAAGAAACACUCAGCACACUGCUCGCCGAGGUCGAGAACACCGUGAACAGCCGCCCGCUGACACACGUCUCGGUCAGCCCUGAAGACCCGGAAGCUCUGACACCCAACCACUUCUUGUUGGGCUGCCAGGGACCGAUCGCCACCGGGAUUCUCCGAGGACUACAGCUACGGGUCAAACAUCAAUCUACGCGCAGCGCAACAGUUAGCCAACGAAUUCUGGGCGCGAUGGCUAAGAGAAUAUUUACCGGAGCUGCGAAACCGGCGGGAGCCGCAUGGAAGAGGACCGACGCUUCACACAGGCGACCUGGUGCGGAUCGUCGACGGCAACUUACCGAGGAACGCGUGGGUACGAGGCAAGGUCAUCGCGACUCACCCGGGACCGGACGGCAUCGUGCGCACCGUGGACAUCGCAACGAGAGGCGGAGUCCUACGAAGACCGACGAAAAAGGUCAUAGUAAUCCUGCCGGCCUGCGAAACAGCGACCUGCACCCGUCAAGGAGAUGUAUCGCCCCCAGCAGGCGAUACACGGCGGGAGGAUGUGCAGGACGAUUAAAACAUUCAGCAAAAAUUAAAAAUGCAGAGAGACCGAUAUUACGCAGGCGAAGAAAACAAGAGAGAGGGAAACAUCUUCCGUCUCGACCACACACACACGGAGCGAGAGAGAAACAUCUUCCGUCUCGCUCACACACGCCGCCUACGUGA